AUGGCGCCUGGCCUAGAACUGCAAGUCACCUCUAUCGAAGGCGGUUGGCCUCUGGAUAGGUUGCCCGACGGCAGAAGGCGCGUCGAAGUCUGCAUGGAAGGUCCUGCGAAAGCGCCGCCCGUUCUGUUGCACCGCGCAGAGGCUGCGAGGCGCUGCAACUGUCCUGCAAUGAUACACACUCUGACGCUCCUGGGCCUAGCGCCACGGCGCAACUAG